GAGGAAAAGGAGGGAGAGGGGAUGUGAGGAUCACUGGUUGGUUUUUCCCUCUUGGUCAGAACCUGCCAGCUACUUCAGAUGGACAUCAGCUCUUGGACUUGGACCCUGCUUUCCGCCAGAUCUUGCACCUUACGGACACAACCUGCCUCCCUCACCAGACCUCAGCUGGCUCGAGGAUGAAAUAAAAGAGCAGUGAGAUUUUUACGUGGUGGUGAUUUCUCUCGGAAAACUUGUGAGGCGCAUUCAGAGAAGUUUGUGUUGUUGUCUGAGCGUGUUCAGAGGCGUCCUGAGUAGACACUCAACUCUUUGAACUUGAACUGUGAGUGUGAGGGAUGCUGGGAGCUGAUCUGGGAUCAGUUUGACUGUGGAUGCUUCAGCCUGUGGAGUCUGACGCAACGUUCCUCUCAUCAGGCCUCACUCCUGGCACCUGGCAAAGCUAUCGGAGCCACCCAUCCCUCCCCCUCCUCCGUCUCCUCCUCCGCCACCCUGCCUCCCCUCUGCCGACUCCCCUCCUCUCCCCCCUCCUCCACCUCCGUCUGCCAUGCAGCUCCACCCCGGCCCUUACACAUUACCGUGGCACACAACUGAGAACAGUGACUUGUCCAUGCAGUGGAGUCAGCUGUCCAGACCUUACUCCUCUACUGACCGAAGCAGUUCCCUGGGCUCCAUGGAGAGCUUGGACACGCCGACACCCACCACACAGCCGUACCCCGACUCCCAUAAUUCACCUGUGGACCCUACUCUCUUCAACAACAAGAGAGACUCUGCCUACAGCUCCUUCUCUGCCAGUUCAAACACAUCCGACUACGCGACUGUGCCACUCAGGCCCGGUGAAGCCUGCUCCAUGGAUAAUCUCCUCCAGAGCCUGGGGCCAAGUUGUCGAGGCUGCCCUGGUGGUGAUACCUCAGCCCUGGGGCGUUCAUCUGGCGAGACCCCGGAUGACGUGCAGCUGAUAUUACACAAAUCCAGGUCACUGACCAGGCCGAGGCCGAGGCCUGUUGAGGUAAAAGCGAGGCCUUCGUCCUGCUGUUAUGAGGAGGAGCGGAGGGGAGGAGACUUUGAGAUAAGAAAUGGACAAGGAGGAGCAGAGAGAAAGAUGAAUCCUCCUCAGCCUCCAACCAGGAAGGACAGCUUUAGGGCAACCCGGAGUUGCCCUAAUGCCACCAACAACCGUUGUGCUUCUGCUCCUCUUGAAAUUUCCAGCGUUUCCUCUUACUUUGAUGAAAACAAGUCCCCUCUGACUGUUGAAUCAAGAAUUCACAAUGGCUUCUCUGCACCAGAAGAAACUAACAAAGCUGGGAAUUUCAAAGAGGAUACCCUAGACUCGCACUAUAUCCAAAGACAGACUAAAGACAUUAGACAUAUCACAUGUGACACUAGUGUUAAUAAAGACUACAACUUAGAGACCAACUCAGAUCACCUUUCUGACCAAGUGACAGCCUCCCUAGUCCCCAUCACCUCCUCUCAUCCUGGCUCCUUACCUGCAGAAUCCUCCAUGGAGGUUCAAGGGCAGUCUCAAAUCAUGCACUCCCAGACCAAGCACUCCUCUACAGGGCUGCACCGGCACAGCGCUCCUGAGAAGCUCCUCGCUACACAACUUCAGUUAUUGCAGUUUAACAGCGACAGCUCUUCAUUGGAGCCUAACGAUCCAUCAAACCGCUCUGAUACCCUCUUGUCCUCUUGUAGCAGCCCAUGGUCCCAUUCAUCGCUCCAGCCCACAAGGGAAGACCAAGAAGCUUCUCAUAACCACCCUCACGCGCCACCAAACAAAUGGGAAGGCAGCCGUUGUUCGACACCGGGAUCUGUGUUCUUGGAAGGGGAUGGUGAUGAUGGCAAUUCAGGUGAGAGGCUGGAAGGGAUGGCUGUAAAUGGUGGAUCCUUCUCCCCAAUUCAGCCUCAUCACCCUUGGGGUCGCUCUGCUAGCGUGCCAUCAUCAACCCAGGAAAGGGUGAGCUCUGACCAGAUAAUGGAGAGAGAUUUUGAGCCUCUUAGUGCUGCUGCCAGUAUGGAUACUUUACUGGAGGAGCAGAAGGCAGUGGACAGAGGAAGAAGUGGAGGGAAAAAAGAGGAGAAUGUAGAAGGAGAAGUUGCUAUGAAGAAGUCAAACUCCUCAAGGAACCAUCGACGGAAUCGUCGCCGCAGCGACCGAUUUGCUACCAAUCUCCGCAAUGAGAUCCAGAGGAAAAAGGCCCAGCUUCAGAGUAGCCGUGGCCCAGGAGGGUUGCUAUGUAGUGGUGAGACUGUCCAGGAGGAGGAGGGUCCAGACCUCCAUGAAGAGGAGGCACAGCCAGAUGUGUCUGUCCAGGAAAGGUGUACCAAAGUUGCAUUUGCCCCAUCUGUAAGCUCCCAAGAUUUCAAGACAACAGCACCAGCUGAGAAAUCAAACACUUCAAGUGAAUCAGUCCAUGAUGCCUUGCAAACUCAGCCUCAGUCAACAACGUACACUCAAAACAACAACGUGUCCAGGUCUGUCCAGAUUCUGGACCCAGGUGUGCCCAGUUUUGGUGUCGGCAUCCGAGUUGUAGAAGAACCAGCUCCCGCUGGCAAAGCCCGCCGCUGGCGUUGGACCCCUGAGCAUAAACUUCAACCAGAACCAGAACCAGACCGAAGGUGUAGAGUCUUGGGUGAGAGAGUAUUAGGGGUAACAGGAUCACGGCAUGGGGUUUGUGCCUUCACCUCCUCCAACACCUCCUCCUACAGUCGCUCCUCAUCGUGUUCUCGGAUGGAGGAGUCUGAUAUCCUUCCAUUUGCGGAUAGAAUGAAGUUUUUCGAGGAGACGAGCAAGGGCAUGUCUGGGUCAAAUGUUUCGAGUUUGUUGAGUCGUAGGCAGAAGAAAUCCCCCAGCCAUCCUGAGCACCAAGGAGGAGAGCUCGGUCUGCACCCACACCAAAGAAGAUACUCCUACCAGGGGGGACUUCAGCAGGAAAGUUCCCUGCUUUCAAACACUAUGGAAGCUCGAAGGCAGUCUGUGAGUACCAGCAGGGAGAGGCAGAAAGAGAAGGAGAGGGAACAAGUGAGGGAGAGGGAGGAGAGGGCAAGGGAACAGGAACGGGAAGAGAGGUUAAGAGAAAGGGAGAGGCAGCAGGAGAAGGAAAGACAAGAGAGGGAAUUAGAAAUGGAGAGGGCAAGACAGAGGGAGAUUCAGCUGGAGAGGGAACGAGAGGAGAGGGCGAGACAGUGGGAAAGGGAAAGGGAGAGGGAGCUUGACUUAGAGAGAGAAAAAGAGGAGAGGGCAAGAGAGAAAGAACUUGAGAGAGAAAGAGAGAAGCAAAGGGAAGAAGAUGCUCAGCUCAACUCACAUCAGGAGUUUUAUGGCAAUUCAAGCAUCAGAGAAAAUCAUCAAGACUUCCAGGACUUCCAACACAAGGACAGCUUCCACAACUUCCAGCCCAAGCCUCAGGUGUUCUCCCAUAGCCAGACCCAAAAUCAAGUCCCACGAUCAGCUUUUUAUCCAGUCAACACCACCUCCCAGCACCUGGAGCACCAGCAACCUCUGCACCAGGGAUACUCAGCCAGGAGCUACACACCUACAGAGACUUAUCCCGCCCGGCAACAGGAAACAACCAAGCUCAACAGGAAAUUCAGCCUGACUGAGAGGGACUACCCAAGCUGGAGACGGGAUCCCAGACCUCCAGGGAGCAUCAGUCAGCAUCAACAGCACCUCCACCAGAGUCGAUGGGGCCCCAGACAAAUUGACAGCAGCAGCAGUGACCGCAACGGAUAUGCAUUCACCCCCCCACCUGCUCCUCUUGCGCUACGGGGACGAGCCAUGUCCGAAAAUGACCUCCGCUUCGACGGCAGCCACCGCUGGUCACCGUCGAUUUCUGUGGCGACCAGUCAAACCCUGAGCGAGGUGGAGGAAGCAGCGGGCGGCGUCAGGGGAGGAGAAGCAGCAAACACUGCCAGGCAAAACAGGAAGAAGAUGCCGCCUCCCCCAAGACCACCGCCCCCGAAGUGGGAGCAGUUCCACCGUAGGCGUGCAUCUCACCACACCCUGUUCUCCUCCUCUUCUUCAUCUACUGCUCCUCACUCCAUCCCUCCCUCCUUCAACACCGCAGAGGGACGCCAUUCAACUCACUCCUCCUCAUACAUCCCUCCUCCUGAAACGUCCAGACAGAGGUCCUACAGUCUUCCUCCAGAGAGACAGGAGGUGAUGGAGAGCUGCCCUCGCUGCAGCUGCAACCAAGCUCAAACCCAGGAACACCCCUUUCCCCACGUCCCGUCCAAUCAGAGUCAGGCUCCGUUUCAGGAACAAUCCUUUACUGUUGCUCCACCCAGUCCCAUGUUCUCCAGACGGGCUUUCAGACCAGUGGCCCCGCCUCAGAGAGAGAGGGAAGGGAACCUGAGGAGCUCGUAUGGAGGACAGCAGGAGAGGGUGGAGGGCGUAUCAUCUCUACCUCCACUGCCACCGCCACCAGCAGACAUUAGUAUGAGCAGCGUGUCUGAGAUUCACGUCAGCCACAGCCCAGACCAGGACAGAAUAACAGCGAAACCUCACAAACAGCAGCACAGUGUGAGACCUGGAGCCGAGUGGGAGAGAUCCCCAUCACCCAGAGUUCAUAGGGAAACGGCACUUCCUCCAGAUGUAGAAAAUGGAGGUGUUGUACCUCCUGAAUCCUACUUUGCCAUAGACUACGAGCAGCAGCAACAGCUUCGCGUGAACAGAGGCUUUCAAACCGAGGAGCAGCACAAGACCCCAGAACCAGGAACUGAAUCUGAGACUACCCUCAGUCCAAGUCCUGCACACAGCCUGGAGGCCGACCUGGACGUCCCGAUGGAAACCGACAUCGAUGAUUUCCAGGAGGAAGAGCUCCCAGCACAGGCUGAGCCAAUCACCAGCGAGCUCCCAUGUUUUGCGCUGCCAGUUACGGUCCUGGAAACGGACAUCGACACCUUACCAGAUUCUGAGGCCUCGCCGCUGGCCAGGACGAGGGCGGAGAGCAGCUCUAUGGAGGAGGAGCUGGAGACUGGGGAGAGCAGGAGAGAGAGGCUGAGCCUGGAGGAGCUGUUCCCCCACGGCGGUGAAGGGGAGUCGGGCAUGGAGAGCUGGAGAGGAGCCUACCAAACCACGGAGCACAACACUGACAGCUUGGAUAGGCGGUCCGGUGCGAGCUCCAGCUGUUCGUCCUAUUACAGCACGUCAGCAGCCAAGGCUCAGCUCCUGUCACAGAUGAAGGACUUCACUGAUAACAGAGAGAGGGACGAGGAUGAUGAGUUGACUUACAAGAAACAGCUGAUGGAGAGCCUCCGCAAGAAGCUGGGGGUGCUGAGAGAGGCUCAGAGGGGACUGCAGGACGACAUCAGAGCCAACGCACAGCUGGGAGAGGAGGUGGAGAGCAUGGUGGUGUCGGUGUGUAAGCCCAACGAGGUGGACAAGUUCCGCAUGUUCAUCGGCGAUCUGGACAAGGUGGUCAGCCUGCUGCUGUCGCUGUCUGGGAGGCUGCUGAGAGUGGAGACCACACUGGACACACUGGACCCAGAGACGGAGCACCAAGAGAGGCUCCCUCUGCUGGAGAAGAAGCGUCAGCUCAUGAGGCAGCUGUCCGAGGCCCAGGACCUGAAGGACCACGUUGACCGCAGAGAGCAGGCUGUCAGCCGGGUGCUGGCCCGCUGCCUGUCCCCUGAACAGCACAGAGACUACAGUCACUUUGUGAAGAUGAAGGCCGCUCUGCUGGUGGAGCAGAGGCAGCUGGAGGACAAGAUCCGGCUGGGAGAGGAGCAGCUGAGGGGGCUGAGGGAGAGUCUGGGGCUGGGACUGGGAAUGGGUAUGGGAAUGUCAAUGGGAUAUGGACAUUACUGAAAAAAAUAAUCUGAAGAUAUGAAGAAGAAGUGCUGAAGUCCCAUUUACUGUAUUCUAGAUCAGUUUCAAGACAAGGAACGAAAAGGAGACCAGUCCAAACGGAGUCCAGUUUAGGAUUAAAACUAGAAAACACAGUGUAAGUGUUUGUGUUUAUUGAAGGAACAGUUUGACUAUUGAUGGUUGUGUUCAUUUGCAUUCUUGCCGAGAGUCAGAUGAGAAGAUUGAUCCGUCUCCGAUCAACAUUAGCCUCAUUUUUAGCAUCACAAAAUGUCAAACUGUCCCUUUGAGAAUGAGCAGUGAUGCACCAGCACCAAACCAACAUCUUUAGCAGCUCGGACACCCUAAAUCUGAAAAUGUAACUCCAAAAUAGGCACAAGUCCAAGGUUAUCAAGAGGAAGAAAGACUGGACUUUAGAUCAAAACACUAAGAAGAAGAAAGUUGGAUCCACAGAAGCGUCUGCAGUUCACCCCUCGCUCUGUUCUGAAGAGCGAAACAUGUAAUCUUCAUUAACAAGAGACUUCAGGAAUCAGACAAAUCUCCAACUACAACAGAAACAUAUCGACAAAGUAUCUCCAGAGCCGUGAUUUCAGAGCAGACAGCACGCUGACAGAUGGGAUUACUGAGAAGAUGUUUUCCCUAAAUUUCACCCAAGUAAAAGACUGAAACUGAAGCCGUGUUUACUGAGGUUGUCGCUACACUUUUCACCCUGUGCUCCACAUUUUGUGCCUGACACACGUACUGUAAACCUGUACUCCUGACUCUACACUUAAUCUGAACAUUAGCGUAUGUUGCCAAAGACAUUUUGCUUGAUGAAUGUGUCACUGAGACGCUGCUUUUUUGUUGUUGUUUGUUUUGUUUUACUUUCAUAUUUAAGUCUCCUGGUUCAGAGAAUCGAAGGAGAACUGUUUUCGGUGCUUCACACUAAGAAAAUCUGUUUCCGUUAACAACACUAAAGUCAAUAUUGUGAUUCUUAAUUGUCACUGAUAAGUUAGCUAAACGUGUAAUGUCUCUUUCUGACACCUGCAUUGAGAAACACAUAUACUGUAUUAUCUAGCAUAAUAUCAUCAUAUCCCUUUGUAUGGCUCAUUACUGUAAUGUCUAUGGCUGUAACAUGUUUUACUGUGUGGAGUUUGAGACUCCACCAACUCGUUAUACUAUCACAUAAUUAUUGUCAUGUACAGAAGACACUUGUGUUUAUAAUGUAUACGAUUUGUAUAUAAUGAUUUUGGUUUUUGAAAUUCCUGGAAUUGGUUGUAAAAGAUAAAAGAAAAGACAGAGGAGAGUCGAAGUUUACUGUAUAUUUAGAUCAGAAAAGAACCUGAGGACAAACUGUUGCAGUUGCAGUUUUUGUUGUUGAGCUUGUUCCUCCGUCUGGUGAAGUUCUUUCCCCAAACUCUGUCUUCUGUUGGUCCCAGUUGACGUUUAAAUUGUGCAGUUAAUAUUUACUGGAGACUGGUGCUAAAGAAAAGAAAAGAACUAUAAGGCAAGGCUGGCUGUUUCCAGUCUGUUUAUCCCAAAGUGACAACCUAUUCUUCUAAAACUAGAGUAAAAUAGUUUUUUGUUUUGGUUUAAAUUGACAUAAACACACAGAAGAACUUGAUCUUUUCCCAAUUCGUGAAUCAUUUAUCUUCCAGAGACACAGAAUUUAAACACAAGGGCAGAUUCCUGUCAUUCAGGUUAAUUAUACACCACCCCCCCCCCCCCCCCCCCCUCCCCCACUCCUCUCAAAUCCCCACACCCUGCUUUCUGCUCUCACCUCCUUGGACAUCUUGUGAUUUGUAAUCUUGUCAGAGUCUCCUGAGCUUUACCCGGUAUCCUAAACCUUGGACAGGACAGAGUUCAGCUCCGUCUCUCUGAGUAAAUCAAGUUUGAAAACACAAAAACGCUGCAGCUCAACAAGAGAUGGGAGGGAUAUUGGAAGAGGAAAUGUGUAUAUUUUGGCUGUUGAAAGGUGGACUCGCUGAAGUUAAGUGAAAAUACAGCAUCUCUGAAAACACAGGCAUCUUUGUCUCUAUCAUUUUCUGCUUUAUCAGUAUCACUAGUUAACUGUUGUGUUAAGAAGCAGCAAAUUUCCAGCUUAAAGGUUGUUAAAAGUUAGAGUUUUACACUUAAUUUAGUUUGUUCUGAGAGUAUUCCUGCUGUUCUAAUGCCAAGCAAACCCUGAACAUGAGAUGUCCACAUAUAUUUGUUAAUUUUGUUUUGUUUUGUACAUAUUCCAUGUAUUCUUGUAUUAUAACAGCCUUUUUCUAAACCAACUGGAAACUUAUUGACUUGACAAGAGAGAAAGGACGUUGCAUGAUGGACCAGUAAGAGAGUUUGUUUCUUUUGUUCGUGUUUUACUUUGUAAUUUUGAUUUAUUACAACACGUUUUUUUUAAAUGCAAUAAAAAAAUGCAUUCUUUUUGUAACUGCAAAAACACUCAUGUGAGGAAAAAGUACCAUAAAUAAUAAUAAUAGUAUUUUAAAGUA